GUUUAAGAAACGUCUGCAGGAGGCGGCCGCGCGGGAGGAGGGACUGUUGCCGUUCUCCGCAGCGGAAGUGGUCGCGAGGUCCUCUACGGGUCGUUUGGAGGAGCCUGGCGCGGAUGACCGGCCGGGGGUGCAUGAAGACUGGCGCGGCGGGCUGUACA